AUGGAGAACAUCCCUCUCGUCAAUGCCGGUCCUGCCCUGGCUGCCGGUUUCUUAGGAAGUCUUGCUUCAAUUUUUCCGCCCGCCGCCGUAGCUGGAGGCUUUGCUUCAGGUCUUGCGACCAUCGGAGCUGGCCUUCUCUCUGUUACUAGUAAUAGUAAGCCGGUUGAGUUGUACGUGGAGCUCAAUCGAACCGAGGAACCCAAAUUCAACGACUUUACCGAUAUCACUACGUAUAUCGCUAAGGCCUCGGAGGGGAUGCAAAAGAGCAUUGAGACAUAUACCCAAUGGCUUCUAACAAGUAUCCCAUCUAAUGACCGUGAUAAUGGCAUCAAUUACAUCUAUGAUCCUAAAUCCCUCCCAAACGUCCUUCUGGAUGGUGAUUUCGCCGAGCCCAGAAUCUCGGAUGUCCUCCCAGACGGUAUCUACGUCUCCCUAUUCAGCGCCGCGGUCGCCCUUCUGUGGAAAGAAGAAGGCGCGAGGGUCGUCAAAAUUAGCCACGAGCUUCCUACCUUAAGCAAACUUGUCUGUGAUCAUGAGAAGGUCAUGUAUGGAAACAAGUGGUGCGACAGUGAAGGGAACGCCUACAUUCUACUCGGCUGGGAUAAUACCUAUUUCAGGACCCCCUGGGACCAGGCUGCGACGGAAAAUCUCCAGGAUCUCAAAGGCAUUGACAAGCUUCAGGAGUACAGACUAAGCAUCGAAAUUGUUUCCACGGCAUCCGAGUAUGCGAGCUUGCUGAACGGUGGUCGUUCAUACUAUGAAUGGAAUACUGCCAGAGUCAUUGAACACAUGAAUCAAGAUGAAAAGAAUAUGGCGAAGUUUUCUGGCUUCAACCUGCCCUUCUGUAACAUUGCCCCUUCUGCCUAUGACGUUGGGGGUGAGGUUCUUCUUGAUAUGGCUGAAUGCGAUGAACAGUGUCAAAUUAUUUGGGCCAUGCGGAAUUGCUUCCAGGGAGAAGACCCGGAACAUCCUGGGCUCGGACUCUUUUUCAUAGAUGACUUUGGAUACGAGUAUCCCAUCACUCCAUGUAUACCGGGGCAUCAGUGUUGA